AGGAAAACGAAAGUGUGGAUGAGGUCGUAGGGAAACCCCUUUAUUUGCCUCUACAGUAUAAGAGAUGGGAUCUUAGAGCUGCUGAUUCAGUUUACAAAGCCCUGAGCAGCAACGUGCAUCACUUCAAAGUCACUGAUUCAGCCACUGAAUCUUUAAAAAGAGUUCAAAAUGAAGAGAUUCAGAUCAUUUAAGAGCAAAUCUCAGAGGAGCAACAGCAGGAGAGCUUUAACGGAGCGUGAGAAUAGCAACAACAACAACUGCACCGUAGAUGGAUGUGAACAGGAGGAACAACGCCUGGAAAGUGAGGAACAAUUCUCACUUCAGGAACUAGCUGAACUUCUGGGUGUGGACCCUGAUGCCAGCAGCAACACUGAGAAUGGAUCUUGUUGCUCAAUGUGCCCUGAGUCCAAUUCACUGCAGUAUCACAUUGUUCGCCUCAUCCAACAAUCUGUGAACAAGCACUUCCCAGAGCCGCCGGCCGAUGUGGACAAGAACCUUCACCAGCACCUGACAGAUGUGAAGGAAACUGUGCACAAAGAGCUCGUGAAGCUGGGACCCCGGUUGGAAUCAAUGGGGUUGUCAGGACAUCUGAUUGGAUGCUACCAUCGUCAGACAUUUCGUCACCUUGAUGCUCUGCUCCAGAACAUCAGCUCCCCCCAGAGUUCCUUGGCGCUGAUAAAGUGGGCCUCCCGAACAUAUCUGAGUCAGGAUCUGCUUGGUCACCCCGACCUUCAGAAAAUGGAUCCCAUAAAAGAAGUUGACCUCUUGCUGCUCACAGAGUGGGUCGAAAAGGCAAAGGACAAACUGCUUGAGAAUGUGCAGACAGAGGUCAGAGGUCAGCUGGAGAUCAUCCUGCAGAUUCAGAGAGGAAAUGAAGCCGAUGAUGAACUUCAUCUGGACACUAUUGUGUGCAUCGAGGCCAUGCCCAGAGAAGCACAAAAUAUCAGCCCCAAACUGUCUGACCGUGUGCAGGAGGUUUGUUUCCAUGCGCUGCUUAUGUUUCUGAAGAGCUACUCUGCUACGCAGACUGAGAGACUUGGGAAAAUGGCAAAAAUGGACAACCCAGAGAUGAAAUGCUUCUUCCAGACUUUGAACAACUGUAAAAAUCUCAAGCUGCACGUCCAAAAUAAAGGCACCUUUCUUGAGGAAGCUGUGGCAGUGCUUGAAAACCUGGAGGAUUCCACAGUGAAACUUGUGAUGGAAAUCGAAGCUGACAUCACAGAGAGCCACCUGAAGAAAUACUUCAAAUCGAAGAACAAGGAAUUCUUCCUUUUGAUUGAAGAAGUGGAGAAUCAUUUCUCCGAGUUUUCCUGCUUUCAGGACAUACAAAAGAGAGUGAUGGACGACGUCUACAAGCUCAUCACUCGCAGUUACCUGAAACAUUUAAUCCAAAGCAGCCAGAGCAAACUGAGGAGGUGCUGGAGUCCUGAUUUUGAACAAAAAGUUGCUGAGGAUAUGAGGUGGCUACAUAUAACCAUCUCAGACCUGGCUCCUGGUGUUCAAGAGUGGAACCUCAUGUUGCUGAAAGUCACAGAGCUGGUGGAGUGUAAGAGCACUGACAUGAUGAAGCUCACAGUUGGAAGUAUGCAGAAUGAAUGUCUCACAUGGAGUGAGGACCGGGAGCUCCUGCCCACAUUGCUCCAAUGGAACGGUCUUUCUGGAAGGCAGGUUAAGGAGGUGCUGAAGGUCCUGGAGGUCCUCCCAGGCUAUGAACCCAGACCCAAAUCUACAUCCUGGUACUCAUGUUUGGGCAAUCCAUCUCUACUAUGAAGAAUUAACAUUCUUUGCUAGCUUGAUGCUAAUCACUCACCGGGUUGCCAAAGUGACUCUGCUAUUGCACGCCAGCAUUCUUCCUUUGUUACGCUGUCCCUAGAGGAAAUAUCAAAAAGACUGUGGUUGCGUUGCUUUACAGUUUCCAUGGCAGCAGAUUGCUCAGUGUUCCUAUUGGUCAAAGUGACGGCUGUUACACACAGUGUGUGUAUGCACUUUUGCCACUCUGUUGUACGCUGGUGGUGUAACGACACUCAUAGUCGUUCACAGUCUGUCAACACCAUAGGACGGCCAUCCUGGGCUGCUGCUUCUUCUUCUUCUUCUUCUUCUUCUUCUUCUUUUGAUUUUAUUGGCGGUUGGCAAACAGCUUUCAGGUGCAUUACCGCCACCCACAGAACUGGAGUGUGGACUAGGUAUCUAAAUGAUCUCUCAUAUAUUUGGGCAUAUUUUUGUCUGUCAAACAAAAGAAACAAAACAGUCAAAACAAACAAAACAAACAAAAUUCACUUCACAUCAAAUAAUAAUUAUAUUAUAAUAAUAAUAAUAAUAUAUAUAGCCUUAUAUUCUAUUCAUUAAUCUAGUUGAUCUUAAAAAAUUCAUUCGCUUUCCCAAUCCGAGAGCAGUUGGCGAAAAACUCAAAUCCAGUAUUCCCAUCUCCCUUGCUCUCCUCUCAACAAUCCAUCCAAAGCUUUUCGUUUGCUUUUUCCCAUGUUCCCAGCAUGGCUCAGGUUGUAUUUAUUGUUGGAUGAUUUCAUCUCUGAUUACAAUUGUCUGCUUGGCAGCCCCAAUUAUAGCAUCUCUUACACUUCGAUUCAAUAUUACUAUAUCCUGUUCUCUAUCUAUAUUCCUGAAACUUGAUUCACUUAUCUCUCUGAAUUUAUCCCACUGGGCCUUUCCAAACAUCCACCUUUCUAAUGGAUCUUCUCAGCCCAGCCUGCUUUCAUUACCUGUUUUACACAAAAUUGGGUAAUGAUCACUUCCAACUGUUGUCUGACUCAUUAACUCCCACAAACAAAUACCUGCCAAGGAUUGAGAUAAGUCUAAACUGGACUCUUUUCCUGUACUACAAUCAAUCCGUGUGAAACUCCCAUCAUUCAAACACACAAGUCCCAAAUAGUCCAUCAAAUCCUCCACUAUCAAACCAUUCCUGUCAGUUCUGUCCCCUCCCCAAAGAGUACUGUGGGCAUUGAAGUCACCACACCAAACGACCCUCCUCUUAUCUACUCCCUUUAUUGCCUCCAGUGUUUCCAAUUCCAUCCUCUGACAAGGAUUGUAGAAAUUCACAAUUACCAAACUUCCAUCUCCUAUCCAAACCUCAACCACUACAUACUGCAGUUCUUUCCCUUUUUCUAGUUCUCUGUGCGAAACACCUUGCCUCAUAAACGUAGCGCAUCCUCGCCAGUUACUCUCUACUCUAUCCUUUCUUAUGCACACAUAUCCUGGAAUCACAAAAUCUAAAUUAGGUUUCAGACACGUCUCUUCCACACAUAUUAUAUCUGGUUUACUUUUUAAAUCCUUAAGAAAUCCUUUAAAUUCUUGGCCAUUCGACAGCAGACUUCUUGCAUUCCACUAAAGAAGUAACAUGAUUAAUACUAAUCCAGUGAACGUAGUUCUUUUUCCAACUGUCCCUGUCUUUUAAGCGCUUCUUGAACAUCCAACCCAGAUACUCCAUGAAUAUUUAAAUAUCUUGCUGCACUCCUUACGAUUAUCUCAAUCUUCUCAGAUCUCCCUUUUGCUUGGAAUGUGCAGUUAAUUACUUCAGCCAUGAAAUACACAAAAUUCUCCUUAUUUACCAGCAGUAUAUUUUCAUCUUCCAUCUGACUCUUUCUCACAGUGCGUUCGGUUGACUUUUCCUUCUCUAUUGUUUCUACUAUUUCACUGCUUCUGCAAAAAAUAGACCAUUGCUCACUCUUAGCUUCCGCACUUCCACUGCCUUCUUUCUCUCUUCACAACCUCCACAGGCCACACUAUGAGCACCUCCACAAUUAGCACAUUUAGGCUGUGUCCCAACCUCACAUUUCCCGUAUUCAUGAUCCCCUCCACACUUUCCACGCUUUUGUUUACCUUUGCACCCUGCUGCAAUGCUGCACACCCCCGACCCAUAUUGGGCUGUAAUCCGGCUGAUAACAUGUAGUCUGAACCCAGCAUACAUAUUUUAUUAAAAGGAAGAGCUCUGAUAAUCGAAAGAAAAAACAAAGCAUUUAAACGUUCUGAAGGGGAACAUUUUUUUUGUCUGUCAUUCAGUUACAAAAUGACUGACAGGUUUUUACAAUCUUCCAUUUGCUUUGUCUGUAGCAUCAAAGAGGUAGAAUUGCACUGAUUAGACGCUCUGUCUCCACAUAUUUAUGCUCAUAUUUAAAUAUUUGAUACUAUUUAUUAGGUUUAAAAUUGUUUGUUUAUAUAUGAAUAUGCAGAGCAUUUGCUUUAUUUGCACAAUAGUGAGGAGACAAAAUAUGUGCCUAAAGAUGCUUCCAGACUGUGACAAGAGAUUAGAACAAAUAAAAAACAAAUAUGUUUAACAGUCAAAGGAGUUGAUUUGUGGAAUAGUCUUGAAAAGAAAUUGAAAAUGUGUAAAACACUUAAAAGAAAUUAAAAGUACGAUGAUUGAAAAAUAUAAAACUGAGCUAUGAACACCUGUGUGUGUAUAUGAAUAUUUGUUUGGGACUUUGGGGUAUAUAGAAUAUACAUAUGAUUUGUUUUGAUUUUACUUCCUAAUAUUCAUUAGCCUCCAAUCAACUGUACAAUACAAACUUGACUGUUUAGAUUCUUCUGUUUCCAUUACUUGAAUACUUUUGAACUAUACUUGAACUACAGCUUGUUGUAUGGAACUUUGUAGCUACUUUAUGGGAUGUACUUGGUACUUUUGAAUGUAUUCAUCAUCGUAAAAUCAGGGUAUAAUUGUGGAUUUACUCAAAUUUUUUACAUGAUUGACUUUUAUGUAUGAUGUAUUCCACUGAAGCUACAGAUGACACCGUUGGUGUGGGGUGCACUGUGUUGGUUCACUGGGUUUAUUUCCUCUAUUUUCCAAUAGCAAAGCUGUAUUUUCUGCCUAAAUGUAACUAUUAAAAUGCUUUUUGUAAGUUAUAUACUGUAUUUUUC